CUCCCUCCUCCUCCUCCUCCUCUUCCUCCUAUUUCUCACCGCAUCUUCUGUGCCACCUGCCACAGCCGCGACGCAGCGAUGAUGGAGAAGACGAGCCCCCGUAAAUGAGGCGAAACGCACCAAAAAGCCCAGGAUAUCUGUCACCGGAUAAGGACACGCCACCAGGGAGAGAACCGGGGGACUGAGACGCGCCGAAUCACAAACAUAUGGUUAGUGUGAGGAGAGGCAGAGUGGUCGUUUCCUCUGCACCGAGCUUCAAACUUAAACUCCGCUGCUAAAGGACUCACGAAUACCUCCCUUGGGGCUUGCUUGGGGCUUUUUUGAGACUUGUUUGUAUUCGUUUGUCCACCUGUGAGAGCGCAUCUGUUCGGUUAGUUUUACGCGGAGCUGACUGCGGUGUGCUUUGCUUUCUGUGCCUCCUUGGACGCGCGCGCACGCAUACACACCUACAUCACAAGACUUGGGGUUGGUACAGCCUACAAAAACAAGUCACAGGCAGGAAAUUGAAUUAAACAAGUUUUUAGAAGAGAAGAGACGUCAGUAGACACCAGGCUCCAUUUGCGCAAGAGUUGUUUUUUGUAGUUUUUUGUUUUUUCUCCCCCCAUUAUCACGAUCAAUAAUAGCAGCCAACAAAAUCUCCUCCUCCUCCCAGUUAAAAGCCAUGUCCGGACAAGCAGUGACCAUCCCAGACGACCGGGCAUUUGCCAGCUUCAAGUCUGAGUGUCUGCGUGAGGAUGGAUGGAACGUGACCCACAAUAAGGGGAGCAUCACAGUGUGGGCGCAGUCUCUUGAGGAGGGCAAGACUGUCCACAAAAUGAAGUGCCGGAUGGUGUGCAAGGAUGUGUCUGCAGAGACCAUGUACGAUGUGCUGCAUGAUAUUGAAUACAGAAAAAAAUGGGACACCAACGUCAUAGAGACCUUUGACAUUGGGAAACUCACAGUCAACGCAGAUGUUGGCUAUUAUGCAUGGAAAUGUCCGAAGCCUGUUCGAAACCGUGACGUCAUCACACUGCGCUCUUGGCUUCCAAUCGGGAGAGAUUACAUCAUCAUGAACUACUCUGUCAAACACUCUAAAUACCCUCCUAAAAAGAAUUUGGUUCGAGCUGUUUCCCUGCAGACCGGGUACAUGAUCCAGAGUCAAGGCCCCAACACCUGCACCCUGACGUACCUGGCCCAGGUUGAUCCGCGAGGUUCACUACCCAAGUGGCUGGUCAACAAGUCUUCCCACUUCUAUGCUCCUAGUGCAAUGAAGAAAAUCAACAAAGCAUGUUUGAAGUAUGCAGAAUGGAAACAGAGACACAACCCUGGCUUCAAACCCUGGCUCUACCCUGAGCAGACUACAUUACCCAGCAUUCCCCUGUCGGAACUUAGCAUCCAGCGUGCUGAGAGCCUGGAGAAUAUUGAUGAGAGCUGCUUGGCUGAGACCCAGGACAGAGGAGAAGACAGUGAUUAGUACAGCCCUCUCUACUACAUGUACACAGUGUAAUGCAGGGAUACACGCAUGUCUGACACGCAUACCGUCAUUUACAAGUAUGAGGUUCUGUAUUAGAGUCGGCAUGAAAAUACUUGCAUACUGUACAUGAAAAUGCAGGUUUUAUGCUGAGAAACUAAAACAUAUACAUAUUUUCCUUGUAUACAUAAUUUAUACAUAAUAAGCCCCCAUAAAAGAUGCACUCUCAGACAACCUCUUAGGCUGCAGGAGUACUUUUUACACACAGUGGAUAACAUAUUGUACAUUUUCUGUGCCUGAUACAGUGAACUUUGUAAUUGAAGGCUAUCCAGGAGAAUAUAGCAAAAUAGACUGUAUUUUCUCUAGAGUUUACAGCAUCUGUUUACAACCUUUCCUUGCAUGUAAGUUACCAUACACAGUCCACUUCCUUUACCUGAGAGGUGUAUCUUUGUAAGUUUAGCUACCUCUCUAUAAAUUCCAGGUUUAGUCCUACACAUGAAAAAGGCAACAUGUGUACACAGAUUAAAAUAUAAUUUAAAAUGCAUAGAUUUCUUUAUUCGUAAAUACACUGGUGAGUCCCUACCCUUGUUUUAUGAUUUGUUUCCAUCAUGUUUAAUAUUCAUAAAUGGGCAGCUGUGAUCCCCAUCUUGGAAGCUUUGUCUCACAAACAUUUCACGCAUACUGUCUGCUCCUCUGUUUGAGAGAUGUAUGAAUGUAUGUAGAAUUUAACAUGAAAUUCUAUAAAGAUUUUUGAAUUUCACAACAGAAA